CUGAAAGCAAAGGCGAGGGGUUAGCGAUUGACACUAGGCAAACUGGGUAAAUUUAGGGAAAUGUCACCUCCAGUCUCAAGCGUUCUUACCCGCAAGUGAACAUACCUACAGACACAGCCACUGCGUACAUACGCAGAUUCGGCCAAAUAGAGCCCGUGCACACUUUAAACCCUAGUUGUUCGGGAGCUUUCGCAAUCCUCAGCAGGAAACCACACGAAAUGCACUCGUGACAACUUCUGCAUUUCAAUUAUCCCCUUAGCAUCAGUGAAAUAUGCAAUAAGUAAUUAGAAGUUAUUUGGACCAACUGAGGUGAACAGUAUUCAUUCAAUUCCUCCAAAAGCCAGGACAUGCGCUUAAUAAAGAAAAUCCAUGGAAAAAUUCGUAGUGUUAGCCGAAAAAGGGGGAAAAGUUUCCUAAAGAAUACAUCAAUGGAAAUGCUUAAGUACGUUAUUAGCGAUAAUAAUUAUUCUUGGUGGAUAAAGCUUUACUUCGCCAUCAUAUUCGCAUUGGUUCUUUUUGUGGCUGUGAACUUAGCGGUUGGAAUUUACAAUAAGUGGGAAAGCACACCAGUGAUUAUUGGAAUUAGCUCUAAGAUGACUCCCAUUGAUCAAAUUCCGUUUCCGACAAUUACGGUUUGCAAUAUGAACCAGGCUAAAAAGUCGAAAGUAGAGCAUUUAACGCCGGGAUCCGUAAGAUACGCUAUGCUUCAAAAGACCUGCUAUAAGGAAUCAAAUUACUCGCAAUACAUGGAUAAUCAGCACAGAAAUGAAACAUUCCCAAAUUUCAUAUUGGAUGUUUCGGAGAAGUGUUCAGAUCUGAUAGUAUCCUGCGUAUUUCAUCAACAAAGGAUACCGUGCACUGACAUCUUCAGAGAAACUUUCGUCGAUGAAGGAUUGUGCUGCAUUUUUAAUGUCUUGCAUCCGUAUUAUCUUUAUAAGUUCAAAUCACCCUACAUUCGGGACUUCACUUCGUCCGACAGGUUUGCAGAUAUCGCCGUGGACUGGGAUCCAAUAUCUGGCUACCCACAGAGACUACCCUCAAGUUACUAUCCGCGUCCGGGAGUUGGAGUUGGUACCUCGAUGGGUCUGCAAAUCGUUCUCGACGGUCACGUGGACGACUACUUCUGCUCCUCCACAAACGGUCAGGGAUUUAAAAUACUACUGUAUAAUCCGAUAGACCAGCCGCGCAUGAAGGAGUCGGGAUUACCUGUGAUGAUUGGGCACCAGACGAGUUUUCGCAUCAUAGCUAGAAACGUUGAGGCUAUACCCUCUAUAAGAAAUAUUCAAAGGACGAAACGCCAGUGUAUUUUCAGUGACGAACAGGAAUUACUCUUCUAUCGCUAUUAUACGCGUCGAAACUGCGAGGCAGAGUGCGACUCCAUGUUUUUCUUGAGACUCUGCAAUUGUAUUCCCUACUACCUACCACUAAUUUAUCCCAACGCCUCAGUGUGCGACGUGUUCCACUUUGAAUGUCUGAAUCGGGCGGAGUCCCAGAUCUUCGACCUACAGAGCUCUCAGUGCAAGGAGCUUUGCCUGACCAGCUGCCACGACCUAAUUUUCUUUCCCGAUGCCUUUUCCACUCCUUUCACCCAAAAGGAUGUCAAGGCACAGACCAACUACUUGACGAAUUUCUCAAGUGAAUACAUACGCAAAAACUUGGCGGUAGUCAACUUUUUUCACACCGACAACUAUUUCAGGAGCAGUGUAAGGACUUCGUAUACCGGACCCACUGAAUAUAUGGCGUCAACUGGUGGAAUCAUGAGCCUAAUGAUUGGUUUCAGUGUAAUAUUCCUCGCUGAGAUAAUAUACAUCAUUUUGUUUGUUUCAACAUUGUUGCUUAUAUUAAUAUUCUGA